CCUGCAUGACAGACACAGUCAGGAGGAAAAAAAGACAUCUGUGAGCUGAAACAACAAACACACAAACUCAGUCGACGAGUGUGUGAGUUUACAAACAAUGACACAGCAACAGAAGUUAGGGGACAGCCAUGCAGGUCAAACUGGAUCUGUCGUUUUCUUUUCAAACCCAUUGAUGAGUGAUAUCCAGUCUGAUUGGUCUCCAAUUCAUGAUGCAGCCUACAACGGCCAUGCUCUCAGUCUGCAAAAGCUUAUUACUCAGGGAGCGUGUGUGAACUUGGCCACCCUGGACAGAGUCUCUCCCCUCCAUGUAGCAUGUCUACAGGGCAACACUGCAUGUGCCAAGAUGCUGAUUGACAAUGGGGCUAAUCUGAACUCACCCACUGUGGAGCAGACCACUGCCCUGUCUCAGGCCUGUGACCUGGGCCAUGUGGCCUGUGUGACCCUGCUCCUGCAGCAUGGGGCUGUGCCCCAGGGCUCUUGCCUCUCAGACUCCCCCAUCCACAGAGCUGCAGCCAAAGGUCACCUGGAGUGCAUAGAGUCGCUGGUUCAUCAUGGUGCAGAUGUGAAUCACAUUGUCGACCAAUCAGUGUCCCCUCUUUACACUGCCAGCACCAAUCAGCAUCUCAGCACUGUGAGGAGAUUGCUUCAGCUGGGUGCAAGUGUGAACAGCAGUGAGAAUGGGGAGUCUCCCCUGCAUGCUGCGGCUUGUAGCUCCAGUCCUGAGCUGGUCUCGGUCCUCCUGGAUCACGGUGCAGACUGCUCCAGCAGGAACGCCCAGGGCAAGCUCAAGUCUGGGAUUAUCUCUGGUGUCUGUUCAUGAAUAAUCCGUCAUUUUUGGAGUUUGAUACUGUUACUAUAAAGAUAUAGCUUUAUUAUGUCUGUUGAGUUGGUGUUAUAGCCGUUAUUCAAAUGCAUGUUUUGGACUGAGUUGUCUGACUAGAAGUGCCCAGUUGUGUCGUUUACGAUCACUAAACAAACAUGACAAAGGUCAUGGCAAAGAAGAGACUGAAAUACAUGGUGUUCACCUUAAUUUAGAGUUUAAACUAUUUUGUCUGUACCAAUCUUACCUGUGCUCUCUAGCCCAUAGUUACAUCUGCAGUAUAGAAUAAUUUGCCAUUCUGUUGAAAUCCAUUUCCAGGUUAUGUCAAUAGGUGGUGCACUGGCACCAUGUAAGAACAGCUCUGCACUUCGAACACAAUAUUGAGUUAAUUCUUAACUGCUGUGUUGUCUUUUAACUUUUAAAUGAACAAAUUAUUCAUUUUGUACUGUACAUUUUCAGGAAAGAUGAAUCAAUAGAUGAUCUAAAAAUAAAUGAAUGAAUUAAAUAAUAAAUAAAUAAACAGGAAUAUUACAAACCACACAAGAAAUGAUCUAUCAUCAGAAUGAAUCAAUCAAAUGCUGUAGUACAAAUCAACACACAUACACACAUUCACAAACCAACACACCCACAUUCAUUGUCAGAUAACAAUACCAUUAGCUGUGUUAUUGAAAAGAGACAAAUAUAUUUCUCCCCCUGAAUAAAUAGGUUACAGCAUGAUUACAAUCCAGCUAUUCGAUAGUAUUUCAAAUCAAGAGUUCAAUCUGACUCUGAUGAGGAUGGGCCUGAGGGUUUCCCAUGAAUCAGAGUAAUCAAGACAAACGAAGCCAAAGGCUGCCAGAGAAAUGGAUACCUGGAGAUACUGAAGUGUGGCUCCUGUGAGGGCCGAUACAUUUAGCUAAAGUGAGCUAUUGAUUGCCUUCUCCUUGAGUUUGUGUUGGCUUCAAUUUUCCACAAAGUAAUGACCGAAGAAAAGUUACUGAGGAAAUUCAAAUUUUUUUACAUUAAAGUUAAAAGAGUUUAGAGAAUUAUUUCUGAUGUUUUUUUGGGGGGUAUUUACAUCUGGUAUUUAUAAUUUAAAUAAGACAGCUAUGGAGGAAUCACAAUAUACACCACGACCAACUAAAUAACAGCAUCUACAGUAAAAGUCAUUCCUUCAGUUAAAAGCUCUGCUUAUUUUUACCACACUUCUUCCAAUUAUGUCUGUGGUAAUGAAAGGUGACUGUUAGUGAAGUGUCUUUCUGAGUGUGUCUAUGGCUCAUGGCAGCCUGUCAUCACUGCCCGUCUCUUCUGAAUGUCUAUUAGUGUGCCUGCUGCAGGGCUCACUGUCCCCUGACCUCGUCGGGUCUGCCUGGACAAGCCACACCGCAAAGGAGAGGAGCGAUGCACGACUGAAUGGGCUGUGUUUGUGCGAGACCAAGGGAGCUUUAUAGGGUGCUGUCAAUGGAAUGUAAACUGUGGUUCUGACAAGAAAACUAAAUAUAAAAGCCUGGUAUUUUAUAUUUUAAUAAAACAGCGAGCUUUUGUCGAGAGAGGCAGCAAUGUGCUGCGCAGUGAACAUGAAGAUUCUCUCUGCUGUGAUAAAGCAACAGUUGCUCAGACACAUCCAAGGGCUCUCCUCUCCGGCAAUACUCAUUAGCUCACCAUCGAUCCGCUCUCCCAAUUUGCUGCUGGAGGUAAAUCAUUGUCCCCUCAAACGUAGCAUGAGCACCCGGGGCCAGCCACACAUUGAGCUCAGCUUCGAUUUACUUCCAUUUAAUGUUAAAUCAAUGGUGUGGAGGAGUUCCUGACUUCUGAGACUCCCUGAGCAGAACCUAUCAGACCCCCUGUAAUUAGUGACAUCUGGGAAAUCAGGAAUGAAGACGCCGUCAGUGGGGGAGAACCGUCAUGUGAACCGUUGUUCGGCCACACUUUCUAUUGAACAACUUCCUCUGGGCUGUGGUCUUGCAUCAUUAAUGAGAACAUGCCUAUUGGGUUUUUUGAUCUUGCAUAAUUAACAGGAUUGGUCUUCCUAUAAGUGAGUCUUUGGACUUGGUCAGGUACUGAGGUAUGGCAGCACUUAGGGUCUUGGCCCACCUGAAUGUGAUGCCCAAACUUUAACAUGCGUUGUUUGGAGUCAGGCACUGCUUUUAGCCUUGCCCUCCGCUUAAUGCACCUGCACUUACUUCCCGAACAGCAGCAAAAGCAUUUUUCCGGCAACGGUAAAAAUACAACAAAUAAAGCAAGUUUUACACCCAGUGCACACAUUCUCUUAGAACGAUCCAAUGACUUAUAACAACUGCCCAUUGAUGUGGCAAGAGAGGUUUCUCAACUGCGUGAGUAAAGGGAACCUUUAAAAGGAAAAGGAGACAUGACAUGUGAAUGAGAGGAAUAAAAAUAGAAAUUAGGAAACAAAGGGUAGCGGAACCUGCUCAGAGUUUUUACAAAGCCCAACACAGUAAACUCCCUUAAGUGAGCAGCGAGUUAUUUUAUUAUUAUCCUAUCACCGUCUAAAUGCCACCAUCCACCAUCAGCUGAAAAAUGUUGACAACAAUCAUUGGUCCAUGUGUCAUGAGACCAUGCUUUUCUAAUAUUCUAAAUAUGCCCCCCCUCUGUGCAGUGGCCCAUAGGCUGAUUGCUCUGAGCUGGAUCUUGUUAUAGAUACCCAGCUAUCCCACUGAGCUGUGUGAGUUGCUCCUGCCAUCUCCUCGUACUCAGCAGUAAUUGCCUUGGUAUUUUUAGUUUGCCGGCAUCGGGUAAUUAAAACAAAUAGAGCCGGUAUCGGAGACACAGAUCUCUCAGUAGCUUCUCUGGAGUACAUAGGGAGAGGUUUAGUGAGGUCACACACUCUGCUGUGUUUUCAAUUAGACACCUCUGCACCGAUGAGGCUGUUACCGGAGAGGCUGGCAUCAGGAGGAGGACACAGCAGGACUAGAGCACGGGGCAGGGCUGGCAUCAGGAGCAGGACACAGUAGGACUGGAGCAUGGGGCAGGGCUGGCAUCAGGAGGAGGACACAGCAGGACUGGAGCACGGGGCAGGGCUGGCAUCAGGAGGACACAGUAGGACUGGAGCACGGGGCAGGGCUGGCAUCAGGAGGAUGACACAGCAGGACUAGAGCACGGGGCAGGGCUGGCAUCAGGAGGACACAGCAGGACUGGAGCACGGGGCAGGGCUGGCAUCAGGAGGACA